AUGAAUAUCUCAGAAGAAUUUCUAAGUGAAGCGGUAAAGCAUGUAGCUGAUUAUUUUUCCUUUGAAACUUGGAGUGUGCAAACUGAAGAAAUGAAUGAAAGAUUCGUAAAUUAUUUUGGUAUCCUUAUACCUGUUACUGUGGUGGGAGUCAUAAAAGGUGAAAAAAUAUACAAAUCUGUUUAUGUAAAAUUAGCACCGUAUAAUAUUACUGAAAAAUUAGAAUCAGUUAUACGAGAUCACUAUACAGUUGAAGCUUUCACAUACUCGACUCUCAUACCAAUGUUGAGACAAGAAUCGGAUAUAGACAUUGUUGUACCGGGAUUAUAUUAUGCAAGUUUAGAACCAAAUAAAGAGUUUCUAGUUCUAGAAAAUAUGACUUGCAAAGGAUAUAAAAGAUAUGUGAACAAAAUUCUUGAUUCUGAUCAUAUUUCCUUGGCGCUGAAAGCAUUAGCACGUUUCCAUUCAAUGUCUACAGUUUUAAAUAUAAAAGGAAAAGAUCCUGCUCAUCAUUUAAUGAAUCCAUACUCAAAUAUCUAUCCACCAGAUUAUUAUCAGUUUAUUGGGCUGUCUAUCAAGAGACAUCUUCAUAUUUUCGAAAGUACUCCCUAUUUUGGAUAUUUAAAUUCUCUUGUGACCAAUCUCUCACAACAUGUUGAUGAUGCGUCAUCGAAAGUUAAACAUAUCGUUUAUGGCCAUGGUGAUUAUUGGAGAGAAAAUUUUUUGUUCAAAUAUGAAAAUAAUAAACCGACUGAAAUUUGUCUACUGGAUUUCCAAAAAUGUAGGAAAACAUCUCCUGCUUACGACUUUCUAAUAUUACUUUUGACAAAUUUGCAAUCUAAAGAGCGACGUCAAAACUUCCAAAACUUUGUGGAUACCUACGUGGAUACAUUUCGCUUAUGCCUUGAUAAGCAUAACUUAAAAGUAGAUUAUACAUUAGAUGAUUUUAAUGAAGAUAUUAAAAUUAUUGCUCCUAUGUGUUUAGCUACUGCCGCUAUGAGUUUUUCACUAUGGCUGGGUCUGGAAGACGAUUAUUUUGAGAACAAAAAGGUUUGUGAUGAAAAUUCAAGACUGAAAAAUUUGACAUCCUUUAAAAAUAUUAUUUGUGACAUGUUAGAGGAUCUUAUAAAUCUUAAGUACAUAAAAAUGUAA